AUGGAGAUGCUUGAGCAGGCCCUCACCAUACUGCAGCAGGCAACUGCGCUGGAUAUGUCGGGGGAUACCAAAGCGGCAGAUGAGAUGUACGUGGCGGCAAAAAUCGAGUUGGUGGACGCGGCGCUGUAUCUCCCCCACGAACAUGCCGAAGUCAUUUACAGACAUGUGGAAGAGAUCGAUCGCCGCAUCGAAGGCAUGAAUCACAACCGCUGGAUAAAGGAGGGUGGCAGAGACGAGUUCCCGACGUUUCCGGUGGAGUACGUGCCGCGGCCCGCCCCCGUGAAGAAGUUUGUUGUGCCUUCCAGUCCCACCUUCCGUGUGCUGUGGCUGAUGCGCCUGCUGGAGCGCUCCAUACGGCGGGGCGCCUUUGUGACUCCCGACCUGUACGUGGGGAGGGAGGUAUGGUACCAGCACGGUGGUGGCGCCGCGCUCAAGCACACGGGUCCGAAGAUACGUUACAUGACUGCGCUAUGUGAGGCGAUUGAGCAGUUGCGGGUAGUGGUGAACUUUGACAAGCUGGACGCCGCAGCCAAGAGCCUACGUAAGUAUAUAAAGAGAUUGGAGGGGCUAACGACGGCGCUGGAAGAAGAGAUUGGAAUCCGCGCUGACGGGGUUACUCCGCCGCGUUCAAAGCUCGAGCGAGGCAUGCGGGGACUAUUCCACAAGGGACAGAAGGUGCUUCGAACGUGGAUGAAUCAGGAGCAAAACAUGGAGUUAUGUCUCAUGUGGGCUGUCAGCACACUCAUGGAGGCGCAGUUCUUCGAGCGGUGGAUUACGGACUACUCCAACCAGCACCUCACACCAGAGAUGGAAGAAGUUAUGGAGCUCCUGCGUCGUGUGGUGGAGCUGCUGUACAGUGGUCUCUGCAGCUUUCUGCUGCGCGAUAUGGAGAUCCUGAUUGGGCGGUACCAGGAAAAGUGCCGUAAGAGCAUCACCAGCCUCCUUCCAGUGGAGGUGAAGUUGGGGGACACGGCUAGUUGA